AUGGCGGCCGCUCACCUCCAGGCGGUGCUGGGUUACCUGGAAGCCUUCAGCAGGGCGGCCUCGCCGGAGAAUGCUCUGGCGGAAUGUGAGAGGCAGGUCGACCUCCUUCAGGCUAGCCUCACAGAGACUGAGUUUGACUGCUCCUCUGCUUCCGAGGUUUUGGUCCUGCUAGACUCGGCAGCCGCAAAACUGUGCUUGUCAGAGCAGCAAAGGCGUCAGCUUGCGCAGGCGCUGCCCACAGCCACAGAAGGGAAACCGAGCAAGCCUUCCACUAAGCGGAAGCGUCGAGACCAGCAGGACUUCUCCUACGCCUUCCGGUACUUGACGAGAAGUGUCUGGCAGCAGCUACAGGACCCCGGCCUGCGCGACUUCAAAAAGCUGGACGUGCUGUCCAGCUACUUGGCCAGCUUGGGGCUCCGCUGUCCGUCCGAGUUCACAGCCCAAGUGGUGACCUGGUACUUCUUGCUGUACGGCUCGGACCACGUGCCCAUGAACGACGCGUUGGCCGUGCACAAGCAGUACCUCUCAGUCAAGAACGCUCUGCAAAAGCACGCGCGUUUGUGUCCAAAGCUCCCCGACCUGCCGUACGUGGUGGCUCUCCCAAGCAACGUGGGCGACCUUGACCAUGCUUGGCGUGACCGUGUCUUCGCGCAAGAAGCUCCCGCGGCGGCUCCCUUUGACGACGAGGAGUUCAGGCUCAACGCAGUCGGCGUGCCGGCUCGCAUGAGCAACAAGUGGGUGCGGCUGCAGCUACAAACCCUGAAGAUGCGUACGGGCAAGACUCCGGUUGGCCCUUGUGUCCGCAGCAGUAGCGAGAUGAAGUUUGCACUGCCUCGCUGCCCCUCGACAAUGGACUGCGACUCAGACGAAAGCCCACUGUUCUUGAAGGAGCGCCGCAGGCAACCGCCGGCAGCCCUGCUGCCCCCGCCUCCGCUGCAGCCCAGCCAGCACGCGCAGCUUCAGGUGCCGGAGAUCCUAAACCUGUAUAAGCCCUCGAGAGCCCCCUUUAGGUCCCGCUAUACCUUGAACUCCUGA